AUGAGCUUCAUGUCUCCUGCUGGCCUUGCUAACAAGGUGGAGGACAAGGGUGGGAAUGGUGACUUGACUCGUGAUGCUUCCGCUUCCACUUCGUCUGACUUGAUGACUUUUAGCCCCCCGCGUCCGGCCACGCCGCCGGUCCAACCUAUUCCGUCCUUUGACGACUUGCAACUCUCCACCACUUCCACUUCAGGUUUGGUCGACGAAGACGACAACAGCAACAACCAGGCUUCCGACUGGUUGGACAAUGACCAGGACUUUGAGGUAUACGAGGACGAUGAGACGGAUGCGCACGGCGACGUGGACGAUGUCGCCCGCGCCUUGGCCGAUCUGACCAUUGAUGAGCUGAGCUCUUUGUCUUCGGCUGACCUUGGACAGGACGAGCAACAGCAGGCGAUGCUGGCUCGGCGGCGCAUGCGCCUGCAGAUGGGUGACAUGGCGCGGUCGGCACCGGACCGCAUGGUGGCGGACCGCUGGCCGCUGCAGCGCCCGGCGCAGCGUCUGGCGCCCGCCUCGGUGCGUCGGCGGAGCCACGGUGAGUUUGCCAACGACACGCAGGAGCCGUCCCCUUCGCUCCCGUCCUCGCGGCCCGCGCGCCCACGCAACCCGUCCCCGCCGUCGGAUCUGCCGUCGGGUCUCCUCUCGUCGGAUCUGCCGAGUCUCCUCUCGUCUAGCCUGCCGUCGGGUCUCUUCUUGUCUCCUGCGAGCAAGUCCGAAGAUCGUGACCGUAGCCCUCCCGGAUCGCCCGAGUUCUUGCGCAGCAUGGACAACUUUGCGCAGGACGGCAGCGGCUUCACGCCGCAGGCCAUGCCGUCCCCGGCCGACCACCAGCAGAACCGCGAGCGCAACCGGGACGCCCUCGACGCCCGCGCCGCCCUUCUUCUGCGCCGGCGCACCCGCCGCAACCUCUACAACGACAUUCUCUCGCCGCUGGCCCGGCGCGCCCAUGUCGACUACGACGUCCUGGACCGCGUCGAGGACACGCACCACCUGGGCCGGCGCCCCUUUUUCAGCGCGGGCGACCCGUACGCCACCGACAACGUCGAGCUGCACCAGCCGCCGGCCUUUGACCUGGGCCCCGGCAGCCUGCAGCGCUUUGAACACCGGACGGCGCCGCCCAAGGAGGCGGAGGACGAGACGCCGGAGACCAAGGGCAAGGGCAAAGAGAAGAUGGUGAUCAAGGACGAGGAGGACCCUUUCAUGUAG